AUGGCCUGUCCCACAGGGAACCUAAUAGAGGGUAAAACCUCUGUGAAACUAGCCUGUGAUGCCAACGGCUUGGUGAGCAGAGAGUGGAUGAAAGAUGGAAAACCUGUUGCUCCUGGAGGCAGAUUCAGUUUUCACGAGGGCAACAGAGUGUUGUCCAUCAGCCCAGUGGACCGGCUGGAUACUGGAGGGUUUCUCUGUAACGUCAGCAAUGAUAUCAGUUUUGAAACAACCAAUUGCAGUCUCAAAGUCUUCUAUGGACCUGACAGACCGAUAAUCGAUCAGACGCCAAUCGGAGCAGAGCUGGAGGAUAGGGUCACUCUGAGGUGCUCUGCUGACUCGCUGCCAAAGGCGACUUACUACUGGAGAUUCAAACACAUGCUGAUAUCCGGGCCUGUGCACUUCAUCCACGAGAUGGAAGAGAGGCACCUGGGGAAGUACACCUGCACCGCCCAAAACUCUGUCACUGGUCUGGAGACCUCUGAGGUCCACAAACUGCAUGGUACUUAAGUUCUCUUUCUCUCUUUCGCAUG